UGUCACUCCAUUCUGAAUUCUCAAAAUGAACACUGCCCAACGAACUCAUUGCAACUAAUUACGAACUCAUUGCAACUAAUUACUUCAAACAAUUUAAAAAAUCGAACUUCCUUUUUUUGGUUGUAAAGAAGAAUAUUUGAACUCUCGUAUAAAUAAGUUGCAACAAGUUUCAGACCAUGGCGGAUUUGGUGCAUGGUCCUGCAAGCUUCUGGACUCAAGCCAAUGCUUUGCUCAGAAAGAAUUUGAUUUUUCAGAAACGAGAUGUCAAGUCUAAUAUUCGCCUCAUCUCAGUCCCUAUAAUACUUUGUUUAUUGCUAGUUCUCAUUCAAAAUUUAGUCAACAAAAAUUUGGAUACACCAUCAAACAGAUGUGGCUGCAAAUGUGUUGACAAAAAUGGUGAUGGAAAAUGUGAACAAGUAUGUGGUAUCGAAAAUUCAGAUUUGGGCCAAGCCAGCAACUGUCCGAUUCCUAGCCCAUCUGAAUGGCCUUCCUUGUUACAGAUACCAGCAUCAAAGUAUCGUGCUGUACAAACUGAUUUUAUUUCAUAUGGGGACUUGCCCGAUGAUUCGUGUAAAAUGUCGGGUUCUUGUCCAGCUACUAUACUUCUCACUGGAAGUAAUCAGACUUUUGGAGAGAGUAUGGGUAGAAAUUUGUUCAGCAGUGGAUCAACUCUAAAUUCCUCUGACAUUUUCUAUAGCUUAGCCUAUAAUAUCUUGGGUUCCGAGUCACACACCGAGUAUGUGAAUUUUCUUGAGGCAGCUUUCUUCUCCAACCUGCCAGUCUACUACGUCCAAUCGCAGUGUUCUUCAAAUUCCACAUUUUCUCUUCCAUUAGACUUUGAUUCUGUAGCUGUUCAGCAAGAGAUAAGCUGCUUAAAAGGUCUACACUUGUGGCGUAAUAGUUCUUAUGAGAUCAAUGAUGAGCUUUAUAAAGGUUACAGGAAGGGGAAUCAAGAGGGAAAGAUAAACGAGAUAAUAACAGCAUAUGAUUUCCAUAAUUCAAAUAUGAAUGGUUUCAAUGUGAAUAUUUGGUAUAACUCUACCUAUAAGAAAGACAAAGGCAAUCUACCAAUGGCAUUGUCAAGGAUUCCUCGUUUAGUGAAUUUGGCAUCAAAUGCCUACCUUCAGUUUUUGCUUGGACCUUCUGCAAGAAUGCUCUUUGAGUUUGUCAAAGAAAUGCCCAAAGCAGAAACAAAACUCAGCCUGGACUUUGCUUCUAUCCUGGGACCACUAUUCUUUUCAUGGGUGGUUUCACAACUUUUUCCUGUUGUUUUGAUAGCUCUAGUUUAUGAGAAGCAGCAGAAACUAAGAAUCAUGAUGAAAAUGCAUGGACUUGCGGAUGGUCCCUAUUGGAUGAUUUCUUAUGCUUAUUUUUUGGUCAUAUCUUCUGUAUACAUGUUAUCUUUUGUGAUUUUCGGCUCAUUAGUAGGCUUGAAGUUCUUUUUGCUUAAUGAUUACAGCAUCCAGUUCGUGUUUUACUUCAUUUACAUAAACUUGCAAGUGUCCCUUACUUUUCUAGUUGCUGCGUUUUUCUCGAAUGUUAAGACAGCCACAGUCAUCGGCUAUAUUAUGGUGUUUGCAAACGGACUCUUGGCAGCAUUCCUUUUCCAGUUUUUUCUCCAGGAUGAAUCAUUUCCCAGAGGCUGGAUUAUAGUUAUGGAGCUAUAUCCUGGAUUUUCUCUUUUUCGUGGAUUAUACGAGUUUUCCCAAUAUGCUUUCAAUGGUAAUUAUAUGGGAACAGAUGGUAUGAGAUGGAAUGAUUUGAGUGAUGGAAAAAAUGGGAUGAAGGAGGUCCUAAUAAUUAUGUUAGUGCAGUGGUUGGUGUUACUCUUUCUUUCUUAUUACGUUGAUCAGAUUGCAUCGUCAGGGAAAGAUCCCCUAUUUUUCUUGUGGAACUCCCGAAAGAACCCUUCACCUUCCUUCAGGAAACAUAGCUUACUAAGGCAGGGAUCUAAAGUUUUCGUACGGAUGGAGAAACCUGAUGUUGCUCAGGAGAGGGAGAGAGUUGAACAGUUAAUUGAAUCGAGUACAACUCAUGCCAUCAUUUGUGACAGUUUGAAAAAGGUUUAUCAAGGGAAAGAUGGAAACCCUGAGAAAUUUGCAGUGAGAGGAUUGUCACUUGCUUUGCCGCAAGGGGAAUGUUUUGGUAUGCUUGGUCCCAAUGGUGCUGGAAAAACUACUUUUAUUAAUAUGAUGAUUGGACUCAUAAAACCAAGCUCCGGUACUGCAUAUGCUCAGGGUAUGGAUAUACGAACAGACAUGGAUAUGAUAUACACCAACAUGGGUGUAUGUCCGCAGCAUGACUUGCUUUGGGAAAAUUUAACAGGAAGGGAGCACCUACUUUUCUACGGAAGGCUUAAAAAUCUUAAAGGACCAGACUUGACACAAGCGGUUGAAGAAUCCCUUAAGAGUAUCAACUUGUUUCAUGGAGGCGUUGCUGACAAGCAAGCUGGGAAAUACAGUGGAGGAAUGAAGAGGAGGCUAAGUGUUGCUAUUUCACUGAUUGGAGAUCCUAAGGUGGUCUACAUGGAUGAGCCCAGUACUGGACUGGACCCAGCUUCGCGACAUAACUUGUGGAAUGUUGUCAAACGUGCAAAGCAAGAUAGAGCAAUUAUUCUCACAACCCAUUCCAUGGAAGAAGCGGAACAUCUAUGUGAUCGACUAGGAAUAUUCGUUGAUGGCAGCUUGCAGUGCAUUGGAAAUCCCAAAGAGUUGAAGGCAAGAUAUGGAGGGUCUUAUGUGUUUACAAUGACAACAUCAUCAGAUAAUGAAGAAGAAGUGGAGCACAUGGUGCGACGCCUAACCCCAAAUGCCAACAAGAUAUACCAUAUAUCUGGGACACAGAAGUUUGAGUUGCCAAAGCAAGAGGUUAGAAUUGCAGAUGUAUUUCAAGCUGUUGAGAAAGUAAAGAGUAAAUUCACGGUUUAUGCUUGGGGUCUGGCUGAUACAACUUUAGAGGACGUUUUUAUCAAGGUGAAUGCGAAACAAUUGCAAAAUAUAGAUACAAGGAAGUAGCAGGCGAAGCUUCAUAUUUUAAAAAUCUGCUCUACCGGAGAAAUUGUCAUACAGUGUAGUGCAGAAACUUUGCAGGAGGCAAAGUAACUACAUCACACGCAUGUAAAACUGUUGUAGUAUAUUCUCGGAUAUAGUGGUUUCGAAAUAAAAGACAUGUGCCGCUCGUUUGCAACUUUGGAUAUCACAGCAUGCCCUGAAGAGCAGAUAAUAAGCUGUAACCAAAUUGAUAGUGAAGAUGCUGAUAAUGAAAAUCAAGACGAAUCAGUUGUUGCAAUGAUUGAAGAGCCAAACUCAGGAAGGGGGUAAUUAUCUUUCAGUUCCAGGUACUUAUCAAUCAGUUAAGGACUCCUCCUUAGACAACAUCCUCCACAUUCAAUUCAGCAACAAUGAUAAAUCAAGUGCCUGCAGAUGUAUGUCAUCUGCAUAAUAAGUUUUUCUUUAGACUUUGCAAAGAUGUCAAUGUCAGAUUUGUAACUGUUAUAUCAGUGUCUCUCAGCCAAGCAAGGUAAAAGAUGAUCUCUCAGAGCUUGGAGAAAAAGGAUAGCUUUUUCUUAGAUGUUGGAAUGGUCAUUGAAAGUUAGGAUUGCUGCAAACAACUCAUCACUCACAAUGUAUCCUGUAGAACUUUGUAUCAGAAUGCAUGAAAAAACUAUUCAAGUGUUAACAUGUUGUGCACAUUGAAUCAACUUGAUAGUAGUACUUCCUUUCUGGUGAUCCUAUGAAACACUUCAAAUAAGUAUGAAAUAUUUUUUUGGUGU